CGUGCGCGCUCUCUCCGAAACUCUUCCCUGGAGGAGGAGCGAUCGGGAAGGCCGGGUCCUCUCGGCUCCGGUGGAAGAGCCGCGGAGAAGCUGGGCGGAGCUCCAGGGCUGGCGACCGGGCUGCGGAGGGGCCUGCGAGCCGCUGCUGAGCUGCGGACCGCUCGGGCGGGCGAGCGAGCGAGCUUGGCCGAAGGAGUCCGCGCGUGCUCGAGCUGAGCUGCACGCUCCGGCGGCUGCGCUGCUCGCCAGUGGCUACGUCGCGCCGGGAUCUCCAGCAUGACGGAGCUGAGGCAGAGAGCGGUUCGCGAGCCGGACGCACCGCCUGAGGACAAGGAAUCAGAGUCAGAAGCAAAGGUAGAUGGAGAGACUGCAUCAGACAGUGAGAGCCGAGCGGAACCAGCUCCCCCGCCAACCUCCGUAGAUGACACCCCAGAGGUCCUCAACAGAGCCCUUUCCAAUUUGUCUUCAAGAUGGAAGAACUGGUGGGUGAGAGGCAUCCUGUCUUUGGCCAUGAUUGCAUUUUUCUUCAUCAUCAUUUACCUGGGACCAAUGGUUUUAAUGAUGAUUGUAAUGUGUGUUCAGAUUAAGUGUUUCCAUGAGAUAAUCACUAUUGGCUACAAUGUCUACCACUCCUAUGACCUGCCCUGGUUCAGGACCCUCAGCUGGUACUUUCUACUGUGUGUAAACUAUUUCUUCUAUGGCGAGACAGUGACGGAUUACUUCUUCACCCUGGUCCAGAGAGAGGAGCCUUUGCGGAUUCUCAGUAAAUACCAUCGAUUCAUUUCUUUUACCCUCUAUCUAACAGGAUUCUGCAUGUUUGUACUGAGUCUGGUCAAGAAGCAUUACCGACUGCAGUUCUACAUGUUUGGGUGGACCCAUGUAACAUUACUGAUUGUUGUAACUCAGUCGCAUCUCGUUAUCCACAAUCUGUUUGAAGGAAUGAUCUGGUUCAUUGUCCCCAUUUCUUGUGUGAUCUGUAAUGACAUCAUGGCCUAUAUGUUUGGCUUUUUCUUUGGUCGGACUCCACUCAUCAAGCUUUCUCCAAAGAAGACCUGGGAAGGCUUCAUUGGGGGUUUCUUUGCUACUGUGGUGUUCGGCCUUCUGCUGUCCUACGUGAUGUCUGGGUACAGGUGCUUUGUCUGCCCUGUGGAGUACAACAACGACACCAACAGCUUCACUGUGGACUGUGAGCCCUCGGACCUGUUCCGCCUGCAGGAGUACAACAUUCCUGGAGUGAUCCAGUCAGUCAUUGGCUGGAAAACAGUCCGGAUGUAUCCCUUCCAGAUUCACAGUAUUGCCCUCUCCACCUUUGCCUCACUCAUCGGCCCCUUUGGCGGGUUCUUUGCAAGUGGAUUCAAACGAGCCUUUAAAAUCAAAGACUUUGCCAAUACCAUUCCUGGCCAUGGAGGCAUCAUGGAUCGCUUUGACUGCCAGUACCUGAUGGCCACCUUUGUCAAUGUAUACAUUGCCAGUUUUAUCAGAGGCCCUAACCCAAGCAAAUUGAUUCAGCAGUUCCUGACCUUGCGACCAGAUCAGCAGCUCCACAUCUUCAACACGCUCAAGUCUCAUCUGACUGACAAGGGGAUUCUGACAGCCACCACAGAGGACGAGUAGGGGCCCCCCAGGGCCAGGAGAGCAGGAGCAGAACUGAGUGCAGGGCAGGUCUCCAAGACAAGCCCAGCUGCUGUGACUUAGACAAUGACAAGCUUCAACUCACUGUCUUUUUUUUUUUUUUUUUUGGUUGGGGGGGAGGCAGGUUUUUUUUUUUAAUUUGUGGGUUAAAAAAAUAUGUAUAUACUGUCUUUGUGUUUAUGAUUUGGAUUGUGAGUAAACUGUAGUUGAGUUGGAAAGAAGUCAUGAGGGCAAAACCAUUUGGGUAUAUUAAACAGAAGAAUUGAGCAACCCGGAAGACAGUGUUGCCCAGCUCAGGAUGUGAUCCCUGUCAAGCUGUUACUGGACCCAGUGAGAGUGGCAUUCAUCUGUGUGAACCCAUUUAGGUGGCUCUCCCACUAGUGCUGGGCACACGGCUUGGACACCUGCUGUUCUUGACAGCAUUCACUGGCUCUUCUCUACCAGUGCCUGCCUGGGAGCUGUGGAGGCUUGCCUUCUCCAGGCUGAAGGAAUGCAGGCUUGUUGAUCAGAGGAGCAUUCUGUCCACACUGAAGCCCUGCAGAGGCUCAAAGAAGCUCUGCUUUAUGUAUGGUUUCACUUCAUUUCAGACUGAAAGAAGGUUUUAGUUUUUAUUUUUAUUUUUGAAAGCAUGAAAAAUUAUUUAUGAUAGUCUGGAAAAACCCCACACUGUAAUAUUUCAAGUGUAUGCAGUAGAAGCACUGUAACUGAGCCCCCCUUCCCAUGAUUUAGGCUCCAGUGUCUCCUGGAGGACAGUCCGGUGAACUUUGUCUUUUCAGGGCUGAGGCCGUUGGCAUUUGUGCUGUAGACUUGCUGCUGAGUCCUUCCUGGGGGCCCUCACUGGGGACCCUAACCGGAGGCAGGGAGAGAGGGCUUUUGGUUUGCACGCCCCUCGCUGAACACCAUGUAGCUGCUGUGUUGUGUAUAUAUUACUCUUGAGGCAAGUGUGUAUCUAUGUUUGUUCUAAAAUACCCUUAUUUCUUACCAUGAUUUCAAUUAUACCAUGACUUGUUCAUUGAAUCCAUAAAGUCCUGCUAAAAACUAUGGCAUAACUAACCUAUGAGAGGCCUGGCUAUUCUGAAGAUUAAAUGUAUACUUUUUAUAUAAUGUGACCAGUUUAAAUGUAGUGUGUAUUUUACUGGGGACCUUUUGUUGUAGUUACUGUUUGUGUAAACUGAUUUAUUUUUCCCCUUCCCUACUCAUUAGGGUGAGAUGGGCUUUGGGAAAAUGAUUAGUUCUUUGGCCAAUGCACAGUCAAGCACAGGGGAGAGAACCUGGUGUACAGAUGUGUUAAAAUUAUUCCAUGGCAUGGUUGCUUUCAUUGCUAGUGACAGCAGGACUUGCUUCAGCACCUUGGUCUGGUUUGAUUUAUGCUGUGAGUAAACUACAGCUCUGAGUUGGAAAGUCACUGGGGUAAAACCAUUGGGUUUUUAACACAAAGUAUUGAAGAACCUGGAAGACGGUGUUGCCCCUUUUUGGAAGUCUGGUUGGUUCUGGCCCUAAGUGUGUGUGUGUGUGUGUGUUUUUAAUGUUGGCCUUCCUGCCUCCUGAAGGCUCAUAAUCAGCCAGGUGACUGAAGCAUCCACAGGGGACUCUAGAGCCCUCACAGAGUUUGAACUCACAUAUCUAUGUGAUCCCUCCUCGUGGGUGUGAAGCAUCUGUUUUUCACUGAACUGUCAUUUUAGUUUCAGCUUCAUGGCUUUUCUUUUUUGGGCCCAAGGUCCCCUUAAGAACAAAACAUGUUAUGCUGGAGGUUUAUAUUCUGGCUGUGUGUCCCUGGGCAGGAAGCCUUACUCUAGGGUCCUCAUUUUCUGAGCUUCUUCUAUUACACUGUUCUGUGAUUCCCCAGAGCAAGUUCUUAUUACUCCUGGGCACCCGAAAAGGAAAUGCUUUCAGGUAUUUUCUAAAUGCUUGUCCUCAGGAUGUGUCAGUGUCUUAGCAACUAAUCUUCAACAGAGAUUAGGAGUGAAACUAGUUUUCUGAUUGAAGAAUGAACUUGGAUCACCAAACUAGACAUAGAAGGGUACCUCCUUUGUCUCUUGUGAUCUCAUUGUGGGCAAGUGGUGGGGUCCUUAUGAACGGAGGGGGGAGAGGGUAUCUCAGUGGGGGCCCAGGAGCAGGGACUCACUCUGAAACCAGGCUGCCUUUGGAUGGGGGAGUCUGGGGCCAGCAGCUGAGGCUUACCCUCCUUUGUGGAAGUGGUCACUGACGGAGGAUCCUGGGGAACUAAAGCUGGAUACUCACUAGAGCUGUCAGCAAGAGGCUAGAGUGGCAGCUGGGGUUUUAUUUUUUUUCUGAUUUCCCUAAGUGCUUUCUAGUGGAGGAGGAAUUUCCCAGUCAGGUGGAGAGGAGAGCAAUGCCACCUUGUGUCUGUAUGACAGUGUUUCUUUCUCCCACUUUCAGACAAGCUCCAGAGACUAUUUUAACAUGCUCCCAAGCAGAUCCUAGUGACUUGCACAACCUGCUUUAGACCCAUUUUUUUUUUUUGUCAGAAAUAAAAUGUGACUGGAACUGUGUGCCCUCCCUUGUCAUGAAUCCAGUAUUUGUCACCUCCACGCUUAGUUAAUGUGUGUCCCACUUGUUUAUGUAUUCAUAAGUAGUAUGUAGUCCUGAUUCAGAGAUUUUUGCUUUGUUUUGCCAUUUGUAUCCCAUACCUUCCCAGCAGUCUUCUGAGGUAACCGAGAGAGCCACGAACACCUUCCCAGGAGAGAGCUUCCGCAGGGUAGUAAGGUGGAGUCGGGACUAUCUCCAUCUCACACUGUGAGCCCCACAGGACAAGGAUGGCUGGUGCCUCAGCCAGCUCCACCUGAAAUGUUACAGCAUUCUCCCCCUGAGGCUCAGGAGGCCUGGCCCCUGCCAGGUUGGAGCUUCAGUCGCUGUUCGCUCACCCUGGUGAAAUAAGGAGAUGACCAACUAACCAGGGCUGACAUGGAGGCCUGGGCCUGGGCAUCCCUGGUGAGUUCCACUUGGGCUGCUCACCGUGCUUGUGGGGUUGUGAAGUUUCCCUAUGCUGGUGUGCGCCACCCUCUUAAAUGCUUCCAACACCGAAAAAGCACACAAUUGUGUUUACUCCUGAAAGUGAAGCCUUGAAGACAGCUGGGCCUUAUUGUGUUUAUUCCUUUUUUGCCUGUUUCAUAUUUGGAACCAUUUAGUAGCUAUAGUGUCAUCACAUUUACAAAGUAUUUAUUCUUAAUGUUGUAUAGUUCUACAGUGGAUGUGGGGGGUGAAGUGUACCUUUAAAUUGUAUACAGGUGAACUUUGACGUGGACUUUUAACCUAUAACUUGAUCUGUAUUAUUCAAGAAAAUUCCAGAAAAUAUAUUUUAAGGGAAACUACACAGACCCUGUGACUUGUGUGUAGGCUAGUUGUAGAAUUGGCAGGGGGCUUAUUUGAACGGAUCUCCAAGUUCAGCUCCCCACCGCGGGUCUCAGUAAGCUCGCAGGUCCACCCGCUGUUGAGUGUAGGGUGGGGAGAAGGUGAAAAACUCAUGGUGCAGAGCGUCCUUUGUAGGAAGACUGUAGCGUCCUCCCUGUGAAGCCAGCCCAGGUGGAUGUCCAAGGGAAAUUUCAUCACUCUGCCAAAUGUGGUAUGUCACUGUCCCAAUCUCUCCCUGUUCUAGUAAUAUCUUAGGUACCUUUGUCUUCUGUCUUUCAGAGGAACUCCACCUUGGCGUAUGGUUGUGCACACUGUGCUUACAUGUGGAAAAAGGGGUGAAGUGGGGGGGGGGGCGGUUCUUUUUUUUUUUUUUUGAAUCCAGGGUUCCUUUUCUUCUCAGGUAAGGGUGGGGAAGAUGUCCGGAUGAACUUCAUAGACACAUCACAAGACAGUAAGCUGGUUAUGGACUCUAUACUUGUCUGGAACACAGGAAUCCACAAAGGGCAGCAGGGUCUCACUGUCAGCAAAUUCUUGGUCAGAACCUCAUAUUCCUUUUUUAAUCAUGGUCAAAACCAACUUCCUUUCCCCUUUAUCUCUGUCCUCAGGGCUGCCCAGCUUCCAGUUUUUAAGGAGUUGAACAGCUGUGACUUCCUGACUCAGUUUGUGGGGUUGGAUGGGGGCCUUAUGGCACAGUCCAUAGAGGGUGCUAGGGUUUGGAUCCAGUAGUGAUGAAGGGUCCUCAUUUAAGGGCUCUGCUGGGCCUACUUCCCCUUGAGCCUGGGCCCUCCCAGUCCACAUCCUUGGGAGGUGGCCCAUCCUCACAGGCAGAUGACUAGCCACUGUUUCCAUUGGAGUGUGGCCCACCUUUCUGCCCCUUCCAUUUCCCACACUCCUCACUUCAGGUUGACCAUGGUGACGGCUCCUAGUCUCAAGUGGCUGUUCUCACCAGGGCUGCCCCCUUGAUUGGGCAGAGCUCUUACUUUUUUGAUGGAGAUUGUAUUUUCCAAGGCCAGACAUUACCGUUUUGAGGGCAAUUUAGGAGGAAUAUUUUGGAUGCUAGAGUGGUAGGGUUUUAGGACAUGUGGGUGAGUUAUGAGAAUAAAGGAGUAGGAUAUGUGAAGUCUAGGGCUUUAUGGCCAGUGGGUUUCAAAUCCACUUGUUGUUCAAAGACCCUGCUCCCACUCCUCUGCCAGUGCCUAUUCUCUGCUUCUCCUUAUUCUCUAGCUAACGUGACAUUAUCAGUGUAUUUAUUAAUGAUUGUAAUCAUACAGUGCUUAAUAUGUGCCAAGCACAGUGCAGAAGGUUUGCAUACAUUAUUCCCUUGAAAACAUAAACCAGCUUUGGAUUAGGUUCCCAUUUUGCAGAUGCAGAAACUGAGGCUCUGUGAGGGAGGCUGAGAGCAUUGGUUAAGACAGACUUCAGUCUGGGAUAGCAUGAGCUGUGGGCAGAUUGCUAGUCUACUGUCAGCCUCCACCUCUCUGACCCAGUUGGAACUGAAAUUGAUCAGGAGGAUUUAAUGGGAUAAUGUGGGCUAACAUUUAGCUCGGUGUCUGGCACAUAGUAAGCACUCAAUAAACAGUAAUUUUUUUGAGCUCAGCUGGCAGUUUGACCCACACUGGUAUAAUGCCAGAGACUGGGUUCUUGGCUAUCACACUGCCACUGCUCUGGACACAACCCGAUGCUCACGGUUUGGAAAGUGACCACCCAGUCCUUCUGAGAGUAGUAGUCCAACUGUAGCACCCUACUUGAGCAUCUUGGUGGUUUACACAUUGUUUAGGAGGCACACCUGAUCAAAGGAAAGAGGGCUUCAGGAUGUUCAGAAAUUCUCAGUUCUUAGCGGGAGUGGCUUGCUGAGAGUUGUCCGCUUGCUGUGUCCUUGGUCUGGACUGCCCAUGGGGGAGAGGCCGUUUCCUCUUGCCUGGAGGUGCCUCUGCUCUGGACAGUGAGAGCUGUUUCUGACUCAUUCUGGACUCCACUUCCUACCCUGGCUAAGCUCUGUGCACACAGCUCAGGAACCUGUAGUUUCCUGGAUGGUUUCAGGGGCCAAGAAGAGUGAAGAAAACAAACUUGUGCCGAAGCAGGUUACGUCAGCUGGAAGCCUCGAAGCUCUGCCUGUAUCCUUAAGCGGUAACAAGUUGGCCUUGUUUUUGUGUUUUCCUGAAGGCAUUAGGAUAGAGCAGGUGAGGACAGGUGGUGUGGAUGGUUUCUCUUGGAUUCUGGGUUAGCAAAGGAUUCAGUGGCUUAUUCAUGAACGAAGGGAGAACAGGCACUGGAUUAAGUGAAAAAUGUUUCUUUAACUUAGUUUCUGAAUGGAGAUAGGGGAGUUGGGGGAUGUGUUGAAGUGGAGGUGUCCUUACUCUGAAGGAAUGAUUCUGGCCAGUGGGAUCCAGGGGAUUCUUAUGCCGGUUGAAUGAUCAUGUAGAACUAAUGGCUUCACUGGGGAUUGUCUGUUGGGUUUGUAGUGAGCCCCUAAGGCCCAUUGCUAGAAUUUAAAUAUUGGUCUCUUCUCUUCAGUUCAUGAUUGAGGGUGAUGAUAAUGACAGUGGUUGUGGAGGUUUUUAGUAAACAGCUACUGAUCUGGGCUUGUCCUGGAGGCCCUCGUGCCUUUUCAGUAUCCUACCCCUGACACUUCCUCCCUCCUUGUGCUAUCUACCAGGCCCAGGCAGCCCUUUAUCUGGAGAGGGUGGCUGGAUACCCGGUGGACUGUCCUGCAGUGCUCUCUCAGGCACUGGGCAGGCCUCGCUCUCAGCACCUAGAUGACUUCCCUUUUCUCCAAGUAAAAUUGUGUUUGCUGGUGUGAGCCACACAGCCAUCUCGUUCCUCAGUACUGGAACACCUUCUCACCUCCAUUAGGUUCAUGCACAGGUUCUGCUGGGUUUUCUCGGAAGAACACCAGUAUACAAAAGAGGUUAAGAACGAAAGUGGGCAUAACAUGCAAGCAUUUUGAGUGUCCUUUGUGUGUGGGUUCCUUUGAAAUCCUCUGUACACAGAGCUAGGAGCUUUAGUAAGCCCUGUUUCUGCCCUACAGUGUGCUGGCUGGGUGUCUGGGGCUGAUUACCAAGACAAAGAGCUGGGCAGACAUUGGGCCGAUGAAACCAAAGGACUUGGAAGCAGGAGAGAUCAGGGACUUGGGGGCAGCAAAUUGUUCUUGUCUAAGGGACUCCUGAGACACUGAGAGGGCAGAGCAGGGGCCUGGAGUUUUGCACGGAGGACAGACUCUUAACAGAGGCCAGCUGAGUACUGAUAGGCCCCGGUGGCUUGUGGGUGUGGGGACCAGGAAACAACUCAGAAAACCCAUCCAUGGUGAUUUGAAGCUCAUGAAUUAUCUAGCACUGAUACUGAUACCAAAUUUUAAUAUUUAUUGAUACUUAAUACCUUCCAAAACAGGAGGGGUAGGUCAAAAUGAUAGAGGCAGGGUGGAGCACCUCCAGGGCAGAUAUUUGCUUCCCCCUUUGUAUAGAGGGACCUGGGUGGCAUUGAGUUGUCUUGCACUGGAUAGGCUAGGUGUUGACAGUGUUCAUGUCCUCAGACACUGCAGCCUGAAAGCAGCUCUUGGGUGCGUGGAGCCCGAUAGGAGUUCUUUGGUCUCCCAGAUAGGCAUGUGCUUGUGCGCUCCUACUGUGCCCUUUACCCACCUUGAUGUUUCACUAAAUCAGUGUUUUUGCCACAGCUGAUCUUUCUCUGUGCACUUCUGAUUAGUGUUGAACAAUACAUGUAGGUUCUUUUUGAACAAAGUGUACGAACAUGAUAUACUGUACAUUGAAAAGUAUUUACCUUAUUUAUAUACCUGAGUGUUCCUACUACACAAAUAAACAUAUAUUAAAUUCUA